AUGGCAUUCACUUGUCCGCCACCAUGCUUCUACAAUGUCCCGAUGGACGAUCCUAUUUCGCAGUCUCUUUUUGCCUUUCACAGGUUUGAAGAACUUGUCAAGGACUCGGCAGGGAUCGCCUGGUGCACAGGGUCUGGAUGGGUGAUGCGGCGAACUGCGCUGGCGGAAAUAGGAGGAUUCCCGGCGAAAUCCCUCACUGAGGACCUUCUCUGUGGCAAACUCCUGCUCGGUAGAGGUUGGAGAUCAGCAUAUAUACAGGAGACGCUGCAGUGGGGAUUGGUCCCGGACACGUAUCACGCCCACAUCCGGCAACGAACACGAUGGAGUACUGGUGGCGUACAAGCAGGUCUUAUAAUGAAGUUGUGUCUCUUUGGAGAUCUCUCGCGGCAUCUCGACGGCUGGCAAAGAGCAUACAGUUUCUGGUAUCUCUUCCAGAACGCCUCGGCUACCUUAAAGAUGCUGGAAGUGCUAAAGACCAUGCUUAUGCUGGUUGUCGGCUGGCCUAUGGUUGUUUUCACCGGCAAACACCAACUCACGUCUCUUGUCAGAGUGGCUGCUCUAGGUCACACCUUUGGCUUCGUCCGUCAAUGCCUGGUAGCAUAUGUCAAUGGGUAUGCAGCGAGUUGCCGAGAAGUAUUCUGCCUUUAUUUCAUGAAUACGUAUUUUGCGCUUGAUCACUGGAGGACGUUUGUGCUCCCAAUAUGGAUCGCGAGCAUCUUCUUGAACGAGAUGCGAUCGGGAUUGCCUAUCCGAAGGACGAAUCCAAAUUACCGAAGUCAGCCAUUCGAGGCCUAG